AUGACCUUGAACUUCAACGCCCCUGCUUUCACCUCCGCCAAGGUCUCGCAGGACGUUUCGGCGCCGAUCAUCGCCGCGUCGGCCUUUGCUGCCGGCGACGUCAUCUUUGCCGAAGAGGCGCUCGUGUCGUCCUCGUUCGGCCUCAUGGACGAAGAGGACCACGAAGACGACUGCGACGACGACAACUGCGGUGGCUGCCGUGAAGUCGACGAGGACGAGAAGGAAGAGCUCGACGAUGAGGACGUCGCGGCGGUCUCGCCUGCGGCCGCGGCGGCCUUUGACGAGCUCAACAUUUACUGCGAGUCGACGGACGUGCUCGGCAUGGUGGACGUGCGCAAGAACAUGCUCAAGCUCUUCCGCCUCUACGAGAACGACGCGAACGCGCUCCAGACGAUCUUUGGCUUCAAGGUCAGCGCUAAGGAAGCAGCCGAUUACCUCGAGGCGGCUGUCGGCCUUCGCGCCGCGGUCCCCACGGUCAUCCCCGCCGGCCUCACGGACGACCAGGUCGCGCACGUCAUUGGUGUCCUCAACAAGUACUGCAUCCCGCUUGACGACAUCCGCGGCUCGGGCCUCUUCAUGUACGUCGCCAAGCUCACGCACAGCUGCACGCCUAACUGCAACUUCACGGAUUCGGGCAAGAACAUCUGGGUCACGGCCAUCAAGCCCAUCGCUGCCGGCGAGACGCUGACCGUCGACCUGUACGAUCUCACGUACCAGCCGCAGGCCGAACGCACCAAGUCGCUCCUCGAAGACGAGGCCACGUGCAACUGUGGCAUCUGCGCCGGCACGCUUCCGGACAAGUGCCGCGCCUUCAAGUGCAAGGACGCUGCGUGCGCCGGCAUUGUGCACCCAAUCAAGAGCACGUUUGCUUGCACGGCGUGCGGCAAGACGUUUACCAACGAGCAAGUCGAGGAAGUUGAGACGCUCGAGGUUACGCUGCCCGAGGAGAUCGAUGCGACGUCCGUCGAGGAGCUCGAUGCUGCCAUCGCCGCGUCGCCCCUCCACAAGUACCACUACGUCUUCCACGCGGCGCUCACGGCCAUGGUCGAGGAAGCUGUCGAAGACGAGAACCUCACGGAGGCGGAUGCGAUCGCGAUUUACCGGCGCAUUCUCGACUGCCUCGAGUACGUCAUCGACGUCCCGCACGGCGAGAAGGUGUCUGUGUACAACUCGAUCGCGCAGAUGAACAUUUCGACGGGCGAUAUCCCUGCGGCCACGGAGGCGUACACGGCCGCCUACAACAUGGCCAAGACGUGCUACGGCGCUGACUACGAAGAGACGACAAUGUUCAAGCAGCUCAUGGAACACACGCCGACGACGCCGGAGGAGAUGAUGGCUGUGUACGGCUACGAGCUUGUUGACGAGACGGCGUAAUUCGUGCUCCGAAUCGCCUCAAUCUAAGUUUUAUUUUGGUUUGUCA